AUGCACCUCACUUUCAUUACGGCACUCGCUGCCGCCGCCGCCGCCGUCUCCGGCGUGUCGGCCGUGCCGUUCGCCUCCAGCAAGCCCGAGCAGAUCCGCUCGGACCAGGACCCCGUCUUCCACUUUUACCUGCAGGCGCACCCCAAGAACGCGUCGCAGGUGGUGCUGGGCCCCGAGGCCACGAGCGAGUACUUUACCAUUGGCGGCUCGAUCCAGUCGACCAACACCAGCCGGUACCUCAACAUCGGCGGCGACAGCACGUCGUACAAGACGCUGACGCUGGAUGCAGCGGUGUCGACGACGGCGUGGCAGCUCGAGGGCGACACCAUCAUCACGAGCACGGCGAGCACGUAUGGGCGGCAACUCAACUUUUUGGUGUGCAAGAUCGACGGCGGGUUCUGGCAGGUGUACCUGCAGACAGGCAGCGCGACGCCGAGCGGCAAGACGUGCAGCAAUUACCAGUCAUUGCAUCUGCCGUGUCUGUGCUGA